AUGAGUACAGAGAGGGGUGAACGGGUCAUUGACACCUCCAGCACUACAGUCCAUACAAUGGGCAGACGAAGCAGUAAAGACAGGAGGCAUCUCCGGCUCAUGCAUAAGGAUGGCAGCUUCCCAGUGGUGUUCCAAAAGGCCCCGGGGGACUGGAGCCCAUAUUUUAUGGACAUCUUCACCACUCUUGUAGAGAUCCGCUGGAGAGUGAUGUUUCUCUUCUUUUCCCUUUCUUACAUUCUCUCUUGGCUCUUUUUCGGCCUCUGUUAUUGGCUCAUCGCAUAUGUAAAUGGAGACACUGUCACAAUGGACAAUGAGCCAUGCGUGGAGAACGUGCGUGGCUUCACUGGAGCUUUCCUCUACUCGAUGGAGACCCAGGCAACCAUCGGCUAUGGCUUCAGGGGAAUGACGGAGAACUGCAUUGUGGCGAUCAUUGUGGUGACAGUUCAAGAUGUGUUCAGCUGCCUCCUUGACACAGUUGUCAUAGGCAUUGUUGUGGCUAAGAUGGCGUCCGCCCGAAAGCGAGCCCAGACGGUGGGUUUCAGCAGGUUUGCGGUGGUCAACUUGCGAAAUGGGGAUCUGUGUCUGUCGUGGCGCCUUGGGGACUUCAGAGGUAAUCACAUUCUGGAGGGAAUUGCUAAGGCCCAAUUAGUCCGCUAUGUGAAGAAGCCACUGGGUUCUGUUGUGAUUUCAUACCAGGACUUGGAGAUCAAAGACCGGGACAUCGUCCUUGUUACACCAACGACUAUAAUUCACAAGCUGGAUUCAGGGAGUCCCUUGUACAGUUUGGGCCCCGAUGAGCUACUGGAGGAGGACUUUGAACUGGUGGUUUCUUUCACCUACACAGGGGAUUCCACAGGGAUGCUCCACCAAACGCGCACAUCCUACAAAGCAGCAGACAUUCGCUGGGGCCAGCGUUUCCGGGAUAUGCUGAAAGUGGGCGGAAAGCACUAUAAGGUGAAUUAUGCCCUGUUUAAUGAGACCAACUGGGUGCCAGUGCCCAUGCUUAGCUCAGAGGCUUACAACCAGGGGAGAUCUCCUGCGGAGGGAAGUCCACCCUCGUCAUCAGUAAAGACAAACGGCCACGUUUCCCAGGUCACUUUUGGCAUCGUGGAAGAGCUCCCCAAACAGGCGCUGAAGCAUCCCAUUGGCCAGCGCAGCGACAGGGGGCGGGGCCGGGCACACGUGUUGAUAGGAGUUAUCACGACAAGAGAAGAUCAGGUUUCCGCAGCAAGCGCCAACAGCCCACUUCACUGAUGAGGUUCAAAUCAACCGUCAGAGCGGAGUGAGCUGCCCUCACCAACAGUGCAGUGCACUUCCAGAAACACAGGCCCAGUUUUCCUUCCAUCCCGCAGGAUUAAGUCCUGUUGUCUCCAUUUUCUUCUUCAGUUUGUUCACGGGAGCAUUCAAAACUGUUUCUCCAACGCUUCUACCAAAAACUCAGACUGUUUUCCAAAGCAGAAGCGGCCCAGCCCCCCCAGAUGGAAGUGAUGGGGAGUGUGCGAAGCCACCGCUACAGCAUUGUGUCCUCUGAAGAGGACGGCAUGAAGCUGGCAACCAUUGCCGUCCCGAAUGGAUACGGAAAUGGCAAUUUGAACAAGGGACACGCAGUACACCAGCAUCAGAGCCGCUUUGUCAGGAAGGAUGGCCACUGCAAUGUGCAAUUUAUCAAUAUGAGCGAGAAGGGCCAGCGGUACCUGGCAGAUAUCUUCACUACUUGUGUGGACAUUCGCUGGCGCUGGAUGCUGCUCGUGUUUUGUCUGUCCUUCCUGUUGUCCUGGUUGUUAUUUGGCUUUGUCUUCUGGGUAGUAGCCCUCUGUUAUGGGGACUUAGAAAACGAAACUCAAAUCUGCGUUUCCAAUGUGGACAGCUUCACGGCUGCCUUUUUAUUCUCAGUUGAGACCCAAACCACAAUUGGCUACGGUUAUCGCUACGUGACGGAGGAGUGCCCCAUUGCUGUUUUCAUGGUGGUAUUUCAAAGCAUUGUGGGCUGCAUCAUUGAUGCUUUUAUCAUUGGUGCCGUCAUGGCUAAAAUGGCAAAGCCCAAAAAGAGAAACGAGACCCUGGUGUUCAGCCAUUUUGCCACCGUGGCCAUGAGGGACGGUAAACUUUGUCUCAUGUGGCGAGUGGGGAACCUGAGGAAGAGUCACCUGGUGGAGGCCCACGUAAGGGCCCAGCUCCUCAAGUCCCGCACCACUGCGGAGGGAGAGUUCAUCCCUCUGGACCAGGUAGACAUCGAUGUUGGCUUUGAUAGCGGCAUCGACAGAAUCUUUCUGGUGUCUCCAAUUACGAUCGUGCAUGAGAUAGAUGAGGACAGCCCUUUCUAUGAGAUGAGCAAACAGGAGUUGGAAACGUCAGAGUUUGAGAUUGUGGUGAUUCUUGAAGGCAUGGUUGAGGCUACUGCCAUGACCACUCAGUGCCGGAGCUCCUAUGUGGCUAGUGAGAUCCUCUGGGGCCACCGCUUCGAGCCGGUGCUCUUUGAAGAGAAGAACUACUACAAAGUGGACUACUCACGCUUUGAGAACACCUACGAGGUGCCCAGCACACCCAGCUGUAGUGCCAGGGAACUGGCGGAGAAGAAGUCCAAUGCUUCCAGCUUAAGGAACUCCUUUUGUUAUGAAAACGAAGUGGCUCUUGAAAAAGUUGAGAUGGAGGAGGAGUUUGAGGACAGGGAAAACAAGCUGAUGAAGGAUGAUGAGGUUGGUGGAUUUGAGGACACAAACACAGAUCUGGUUUCGGAUUCUGAAUGCAACCUGGACUCUUUGCCUUUAGAAUCAAUGCCUUUGACGGCAGAAUCAGAAAUAUGACAGCAGGUGUAAAGAAUCAAGGGAAAUGUCACAGUUUUCUUCUACUUUAGUCCUGGUUGCUGUUAAUAAUUCAUGGCAGUAUGUAGAAGAAUGUCAUUUGAGUGUGAAAUUCUGAUUGCUAAAGUCAAUGUUCAACACACCACGGAAAUAUAAACUUGUAUAUUUCUGGUAAAAGUGGUGAUAAAUGAACUCUUUGCAUAGAGCAACAGGGAAGAAGAGGGUUACAUCCCAUGAAAAACAAAGUGAAGCGUGCGCUGUUAAUACAGGAUCAGAUGGAAAAUGUUUUAGUUUUAAUAGCCAGUUUGGUUAAGAGUAAAAUGUAGUUCAUGUGUUCGGCUGCAUAUUCCCAGUUUGCACUUUUAGGAUUUCGCAUCCUGAACUUAAUGUCUUUGUGGGAUAGAUGUCAAACCAGGUUGUGACUAUCACAAAAAAUAAAAAAUAAAUAAAAUAAAUAAUAGCUAAACAUAAAUAUUUGAGUAUGGUAAAUGCCAAUUCAAAUUAAUUAUUCUUUUUAAACAUGAAUUUGUGUUUGAAAGGCUAUCAAGUAAAACCACCGGCACAAAAAUAAGGUGUUUGUUAAUGAGCUGGUCUCUUAGCAAAGUCUAUUCAGUCAACUUCACUGUGUUGAUGGGAUGGCAGAUUAAAAUAGAGUACAACACACUCCUCAACCUAUCAUCUUUGUCGGUGUGCAGAAUCUUUUGCAACGUGUGCCUUAGUAAAAGUCUUAGUCCCUGUAAAGGCACUCGGGUGGUUGGCUUUGAAUUAGCACACACUGCAUUAGAUCUGACUGGAGGAAGAAGCAUUUUGAUGUAAAUCAUUGUGCAGAUUGCUGCCGCCUCUUAAAGGUUUUGUGUUUUAAUGUGCAAUAAUGUUCAGUAGUAGGAAGAUGCAGGAAGCUCGACCCUGAGCCAAGGCUAUGAAUGUUGAUAAGUGCUGCUAAGUUACAUAUUGUAUGUUUAGACAGUCAUUUUGAGCCAAAAUGUAUUAAUUGUCUUUUGUUUUAUUCUGAAGAUUGCAAAUGCAGACUGUAGUGUUAUUUCUAGCCGUAGACGAGCAUGAUUCUAUCAAGUGUGUUUUCCAAAAUCUUUGUGGACUUUCUUCCUCACCCAAAAUUUAUCUUCCGUGAGAGGAGUAGACACUGUUUUAUUACCCAAAGCCAGAUGUACAUAUAUAUGUAUAUAUAUGGAUGUGAAAAUGCUGAGUUAAUUCAAUUGAUUUUAACAUAGUUGACUUUAUAUAAACAGCAGUGUUCUUUGCAAGCGAGAUGUGCAGAAUUUGGACAAAUCCUUUCCAUUCACCACUCCACCUCUGAUGGGGUUAUUUUAUAAUGGAUUCUUGCUUUCACUUGUUAAAGAGCAACUUUUCUUACCACACUCACAAUCAGAAAUCAUGAAGGGAUGAAAGACACAUUGCUUUAGUCUUAUGCAAGAUUUAACUUUCCCAACUCUUGGUGUUCUUGGUUCACACUCAAGCUGGAUGAUUUCAGCUGAUGCCAGAAUAUUGCAGUGCUUCUGUUUUAGGUUUUUAUUUUUCUAUUUUUCUUCAGUUGUCUUCCCAUUUUGCUCCUGAAACGGACUGUACAGAUUUUUUAAAAAAUGUUUUGCAAAUACUGUAUAGUGAUAUUGCAGUUAUUCAAAACCGUUUUGUC